GGUGUUUUCUUCCGCAGCUUUUCAUAAAUUCCUCAGCACUUGUCCGGAUAGGACACGCUUUUGCCUCACGCACGGUGUAUCUUUGGUGUACCUAUAGUCUACUUUUAGGGAAAUGUCGGUGUGAAAAAGUGAAAAUUCGAAAGAUUUGUGGGCUUUUCGUUAAAGUUUGUAUAGUGUACUGAAUUAGUAUCGAGUUGGGAGAAGUUUAGAAAGCCAGAUAUUGGAAAAGGGCCGUGGCCCUAUUUGGUGUUGAAAAAGAAGCGAAGUUCGAUAUGGAGUGCAGUGAAGUGUGAAUCGGGAAAAUUGACCCGUAAAUCGGCAGUCGAAUUUCUAGUGAUUAAACUCCGUUGAAUCGGGCUGAAAGGCGUCCGACGAGCCGCGGCCAGUGGAUCAUGUCGUCAUAUCCUACGUACGACGGUGGCAACCCGGAGGAAAUUUUCUUCUCAACCUAUGAACCGUCGAAGGAAGAAAUACUCGAGUAUGCCGUCAAGAUUGGCAUCGAUCCGGAGAAGGAAACCAAUCUGAUCUAUCUCGCUCGACAGGGAUUGCUGCAUCCGCUGCCGGAAAACUGGAAACCCUGCUACAGCAAACAGGUCAAGGCGUACUACUACUACGACCGGUACACCCGGAAGUCCCAGUGGGAACACCCGAUUGACGUUCUCUACCGACAGAAGGUGGUCGAUGCCCGUAAGGCCCUUUCGUUGGAUCGGUCGGACUCGACGUCCCUAGCAGAUUCCGGCUUCCGUAGCUUGAAGUCAGCGGCUAGCAACAAUAGCAACAACAGCAGCGGAAGUGGAAGUGCAGGCAGUGCCAGUGGGUGUGAUAAGUGUGAGAUAGACUCUCCGGCACCGGUAGAAGAUGGGUGUAUUGUGGUGGGUGCUGUGAGGAAGGAACCCUUUGCACCGGAUCGGUUGUUUGGGCUAGUUGGGUCGAGUUCGGUGGAAUCUGAUAGGGAGGAUAGUGUGAAGGAGGUAGAUCCGAGGAAGGAUCAAGCGGAGAAAGAUCAAGGUGUUGGGACAGAGGAAGCGGAUGAGAUCGAAGUGGGGGAAGAAGUUGGAAACGAAGACGAAGAAGAGGAAGAGAGUGGAGACUCAAAUAAGGAAAAUAACAGUCAGCGGUUGGAGUUGGUGGCUCAAGAGAGGAAGAUUGAUGAAAGCGUUGGAGCAAUGGCGAUGUCACCGAAGAUUUCGUUCAACUUGGGAAGCAGCCUGCGGGAUCGGUCGGAGACCAGUUUGUCGCGUGGGACUUUUCAAGGAUUCACCCUUACGGGAACUGGAUCACAAUUCUUGAAGUCCAACAAGAAACCGGAGUUUGAAAGUUUGGAGUUCGGUAAGAAGGAGGAAGUGAAAGGGAUAUUGAGAGAUUCAAGUCUGACCUAUAUCAGAAACAAGGGAACUCCGAACGAGGAUUUGUCGGAUGAGAGGAAGAGUGUGCGCUUCGAUAUCGAUUUGAAUGCGGAGUUGAAGUCAAACAAAUUGGAAGCGGUGCGAGACGAUUCGUUGAUAAAUUUUGAGGAGCUUGUCGAAGGAUACGACAACGAUGCAGACGAGGAUGUUGAAGAGGAGGAGGAAGCUGUUGAAGGUUCGGAAAAGAAGUCUAAUUCAACGGAAACAUCCGAAGAAGAGUCAGAUGCUAGCGAAGAGAUUGACAGUAAGGCGGAAGUGUUGAAGGAAGUAGUUGGAAGAAGAUUCUCCGUGGAAAGGGUCAGUGAUGAUUCGAUUAGACAGUUGAAGGAUUCAAUUGCAGAUGAGAAAGCUCGGUAUAAAGCAAAACUGGAGGAAGAGUUAAAGAACUUGAGGGUGUUAGAGGAAGCAAAUAUUCAAUCUGAAUUAGCGAAAGAGAAGGUACAUUUCGAAGAAAUGCUCAAUAAAGAGAAGGAUAAGCUGAACGAGCACCAUCUGAAAAAUAUUGAGGAAAUCAAGGAGUUUUAUCAGGUGAAACUGAAUGAGAUGAAGGCUGACUACGAGGAAGAGAACGAAAAAGAGUACAGGAUCUAUAGGGAAACGCUGCAGGAAGAAUUCGAUUUAAAAGUCAAAGAAGUUACGGAUGAACACAAGGCGACAAUGGCUACUUUACAGAAGAAUCAUGAUGAAAUUGUAGAAGAGUUGGAGCGUGACUUGAAGAUGGAAGAGGAGCUAUUGAAGAAAGAACAUGGUACAAAUUUGACAGAGAUGAAGAUAAAGUUGGCACACGAGCUGGAGGUCGAACGCCAACGUAUGCGAGAAACUGGCGAGGAUCGGCUGUACGAAAAGAUUCGUUGCGAGAAGCGAUUGCUUGAGGAUAAGUACAAAUGUUUGAAAGAGAAGUAUACCCGACUGAAGACUGAUGUCAGAAUUUCUCUAGAACGUCGCAAGAAACGCCGAGAACAACAACAGCAAAGUAUUCUCAGCAAUAGCUACGAAACUGAUGAUAGGACUCAUUCGAAACCGACUCCUCAGUAUCCGUACGAUGUGAAAUCAAGUGCCGGUGGGCCUCCGUCUCUGAUGAUGAACUCGGAAAAGUCUUCAAUCAGCACCCCUCCGCCUUCGGCUGCCUCCAAGCGUUUCCCUGCCAAGAAUAACUACCUGGUCGAGAAUAAGAGCAAACUUCUCCACUACAAUGGAAACACUCAUCAACAGGUGGCUUCCUCCGCCCCAACAGAGCCUCGCAAACCAUUCAUAUUGAAUAAUAACCGAGUUCAAAACACCGAUGAUACAAGUCAGAGCGAGACAACCUAUUCCAAGAACUAUUUCCAAAUCCGUAGCAUUUUUGCUAACGUUCGUGACGACAACUUCAGUUCGGACUCCGAGUUCGACAAGAAUCACGACAAGAAUAGUGUGCCGAUGACUCGACAGAAGCGUAAACUCUUCACCAAAACGAAGUCGGCGUCUACCUCGAAGCUGAACUCUUCAAAGCACGAACGGGAGCGACCUUGUACACCGGUAGAAAACCUUCGCAUUCAGCUCAAGAAGCUCGAGGAACUGGAGGAUCAGAUUCCCGAGUGCAACAUGGACACGCCGUACCAUCUGCGGUACCCGUUCAGUGACCUGGAGAACAACGGCGGCAGUACGGAGUUGGAUUUCUUCAAACAUCGCAUACUGCUAGAGCGGGACUCGGUAAUGCGGGCGAAGGAAUCUCUGCGGGCACAGAAAAACCUCUUCAAAUCGAAGCAGCGGGACAUUUCGGUGAAGCACACAGUGAAGAACAAACACACCAUGGAUCAAAUCUUUACCGAGGAAAAGGAACUGACGGAAAUGGAAGUAUCACUACAUCGUACUCGAGCGCUUCUAGGUGAGAAAGUGAUUCGGCUACGUCAUUUGGAAAGAUCACUACAGAAACUAUCGGAGAAGGAUCGACCCACGUUACCGGAAAAUAUCGAUAUCAACAGGAAACCCAAGGAAACGCUGAGUGAUCUAUCGUCCUAUUCGAGUUCCGGUUUCAGCAGUACCGAUGUUCCAACAGAGCACAAUAACGGUCGAAGGCCGUUCGGUGGUCAUGAGCCGAACGAGACGUUGAAAUAUCUGGAACAUCUACAUAGUGAAAUACAGGAUAUCUGGAAUAUCUUGAAUCCUAAUCACGCUCCCAGUGGGUACGAGGAGUUGGACUACCUGAACAAUCCGUCGCAGCACUUUUGCGACAUAGUGAUGACCCCGAAACCUGGAACACCAGCUCUCGGAGGCAAUGGGUCGUCGCAUCAGCAAACUCUAGCUUCAAAGCAGCAUCUUCAAUAUCAUCCGCAACAACACCAUCAGUAUACCGUUAAUUUGCUAGAGAAGACGCGAGAUCUGAAGAACUGGUUGCGGCAAGCAAAAUCGGAACACGAGCUUCUGAAGAAGAAGUCUUUCGGGUAAGAGGUUUGUUCU